AUUUUGAUAUUUUGAUGAUUGGUUAACUCUUUCACAAUCAUCUGAAUGUUAAUUUUCGCUAUUUUCAUUAUAGGUGGCUUUGCAAAAACCAAAGAAAGGACAAAGAGACAACAAGAAAACGCUUCACCCAUAAAAGUAUGUCGAGGAACUAAAAUGGGCAUGAGUGUUGGUGGAACCUCUCAAGAUCACUAUGAUUUAUAUAAACGUAGAUACUCAAACUGUACAUAUGUAGAUGGAAAUUUGGAAAUUACAUAUUUAGAUAAAAAUGGGGAGACUUCAGAUUGGGAUUUGACUUUCUUGGAAUCCAUUGAAGAAGUUAGUGGAUACGUUUUGAUUUAUUCUGUUUUUAUUCAAGAGUUGCAUUUAAAGAAUUUACGUUUAAUCAGAGGAAAUCAGCUGUUCUCAUUUAAAGGAGAAAAGUUAUAUAGCUUAGUGAUAGCUAGUAACAGUAAACCAGGAUCUACAACAAAAGGAUUGAUGCACCUAGGAUUUAAAAGUUUACAAGAAAUUAUGAGCGGAAUUGUAUAUUUUUACAACAAUGACUUGUUGUGUUUUGAGCAAACAAUAAGUUGGGUGGAUAUCAAUCCCAGUGUAACACCACAUGCUAAAUACAGCUUUAAUAAUACCUUUCACAAACGGAGUUGUGGUGAAUGUCAUCCAGCAUGUUAUAACAAAAAGACAGAUGCUAAACAAUGUUGGGGAGAAGGUCCAGAUAUGUGUCAAAACUUAAACCAUGCAGCCGUUUGUAGCUAUGAAUGUGAAAAUAGGUGUUUUGGUAGUGAUCCAAACCAGUGUUGCCAUCCUGAAUGUGCUGCUGGUUGUCGUGGAUUAAAGCACACCGAUUGUUAUGCUUGCAAACAUUUUUCUAAUGAUGGGGAAUGUGUCAGAAGUUGUCCUCUGCACCAGGUUUAUAAUCCAGGCAAAUUCAAAAUGGAGGUAAAUCCAGAAGGAAAGUUUGCAUACGGUGCACUUUGUCUGAAAGACUGCCCAAAUAAAAUGUUGAAAGAUACACAAUUGAAUAUUUGUGUUAAAACCUGUCGAACAAAUUUCAAGGAUGUAAAUGGUACUUGCGUACAAUGUGACGGUUCCUGUUCUAGAGCAUGCAAAGGUCAAAGUGGUGGGGAAUAUAUCACAGCCAGCAACAUCAAUCAGUUUAAAAAUUGUACAAUUGUAAAUGGAAAUCUCAAAAUUGUAGAAAAUUCAUUUGCUGGAGAUGCCCAGUAUAAGACACCAGGAGUUACAAUUGACGAUUUACAAGUUCUUCAGAACAUCAAGGAAGUUACAGGGUAUAUCAUGAUACAGUCAAACGACACAAACUUCAGGAACUUAUCAUUUCUUUCAAACCUGGAGGUCAUUCAUGGAAGAGAGGUUGACGCAACUCAAAGUUCCUUGAAUAUUAUGUUUACACAACUCAGGAAUUUAGACUUAAUAUCGUUAAGGCAGAUACGAAACGGUCAUGUUACUAUAGCAUUUAACCACCAUUUAUGUUACAUUACUGAUAUCAAUUUUACACAAAUGUUUGCUCAUAAAAAUCUACAGGUGGUCAGAUUAAUGAAAAAUAAGAAGGCAGAAUUAUGUAGAGAUGAAGGUGAGGUAUGUGACCAGAGCUGUUCAGAUGAUGGAUGUUGGUUCAAGGGACCAGAUAAAUGUUUACAGUGUAGGAAGCUUAAGAUAGACAAUAGUAGCAAUAUCUGUAUCAAUAAUUGUCAACUACCAGGGCUGUAUGAAGUAGGAAAUCUGUGUAAAUUUUGUGAUGAGGAAUAUGAUUCCACAUGCUCCGGCCUUGGACCUGAGAAUUGUCAUAAGUGUAAACAUUAUGCUGUGACCGGAACAAAUAAAGAUGGCAACAUGAUUAGAAAAUGUUUGAAAGAAUGUCCGAAAAUGUUUUAUCCAGACCUUGAUAGAAUAUGUCAGCAAUGCCAUGAUUACUGUGAUGAUGGUUGUUCUGGUCCCUCUUCUACUGUAAUGACUGGAGGAUGUGAAAGCUGUAAAGUUGGUAUCGAAGACGUUCGCAGUGGAGAAUCCAAUAUUACUUGUAUGGAUCCAAUUGAAGAAUCUUGUCCAUACGGGUUCUAUCGACAUACUGUGUCUCAGUCUCGUAUAAAUGAUCCUUUGGCUGGAAAAAUGGUAUGCAAAAGGUGCAAUGAAAUGUGUAAUGACUGUACCGGCGCUGGACCAGCCCACUGCAUUACAUGUAAAUAUCUAAAGCAGUUUGACUACUGUGUCGAAAACUGUUAUCCACUAUUCUAUCCAGACUUAAACCAGAUAUGUCAACAAUGCCAUGAACAGUGCCGAGGCAGCUGUUUUGGACCAUCAGCUUCCGACUGUAAAGCGUGUCUAAGCUUCAAAGUGUACUGGGAAGACACUUAUAAUCCACACAAAUUUAAUUGUACAAAAACAUGUCCAGAUGAUAAAAAAUACCAUGUGGCAUCAGAUGAUCCUUAUGAAGGUAUAAUUGUAUGUGCGAGCGCUUCUCAUCCAAAGGUCCAGACUAGAUUCAAGGCAGACAAAGCAGAAGCUGAAUUACUGAAGAACAUAGCUAUAACAGGUGGUGUAAUAGUAUUUGUUGCUUUUGUCGUGGUCUUAGGUAUUUUGUUGAGGAGAAGGUUUCAACAAAAUAGGGCGAAUGUGCCUAAUGGUACUACCAGAAUGACAGGAUUCCAGAAUGAGGGAAAUACUUUGAUGCAUUCACCAAUUAUUAUAAAUGACAACAAUUACCUAACGGAAAGAUUGAGUAAUACAACAGAUGAUGCACACGGGUUUAUGCAGAUGGAAACAGAUUCUCAUUAACACGGUUUUAACAUGAAACGAUAGGUAGCUCUUCAGUGUGGAGUAAAAAAAAUGACAAUAGUAAAGAGCAAGGAGGAUCCAACAGUCGAAAAUGUUUUGCCAAAUGCAGCUAUGGAAAUUAUUCUCGGGCUUCUAACACGAGACGACUUGUAUUACUGACGAGUAUUUAAAUACGGCGAAACUAUUUUGUAUCAUACAGUAGUUUUUUUUUUUAUAUUUUAUUUAUUUACAUAUAUAGCAAAUAACAUUAUGCAUUUCUACAUCGCUUAUUGUUUGGUUCAUAAUGAAGAAAACAAUCGUUCUUUUGUAUAACCUGAUUACACAUGUGGAAAUUAUCAAUUGAUUUGACUAGUAUAUAAUAGAGCCUGUAAUUCAGUGGUUGUCGUUUGUUGACGUGUUACAUUUUUUUUUUUUUUUUUUUAUAUAAAUAAGGCAGUUAUUUUUCUCGUUUGAAUGGUUUUACAUUGUCAUUUCGGAGCCUUUUAUAGCUGACGAUGCGGUAUUUGCCUUGUUCAUUUUUGAAGGCCGUACAGUGAACUAUAGUUGUUAAUGUCUGUGUCAUUUUUGGUCUCUUGUGGACAGUUUUCUUAUUUGCAAUCAUACCAAAUCUUCUUUUUUGAAAUAGUUGUUGACUUUCAAAUUGUUCACAUCUGAAAUUAUUUGCUGGAUCUGGAAAUUUAUAAGAGCUAGCUAAAUUUUAAAACGCUUCUACUAUGCUUAUACUAUAAGAAUGGCAAAAUGUAACAACACUGCACAUUUAUGUAACGUCUGACUAAAAAUUUCAAAAUGCGAGCUUAAAUUUAAGCGAUUAUAAAGAUAAUCUCUUUGAAACAAACGGAUUAUAAUUUCUAAAAUUAAUAAUCAUAUAUGAAUAGACAGCUGAAGUUAUUUGAUCGUCCAUUUAAAAGCUUUUGAGUAAUAAAAACAUAGGAAAUUCGUCUUCACAAUAUGUUGACAAAAUGAUUGCAAUUCCUUCUCAUUAGUUGCAAUGUAUGACUUUUACUUACCUGUUGUUUAAAAGUCAAUUAAGUCGGUGUAUUGAAUUUGUGACAUUUCAUAAACUGUAUUUACAGAACGGAUGUGAUGUUUGAAUAUAUAGAUAUUGAUAAGAUUUUUUAUAUAUAUGUGCUUUUUACAAUUAAUUUGCAAAUUAGUUUUUUACUUCAUAUUUGCAUAUAUUUAAGUAAGUUGCAUUUACUAUAUUUAUGGCAUGCUUGAAAUUUAGUUUUUUAAAAGCAUAUGUGUAUGUAUUUGAGAGAUGAAAACUUACAAAAAAAACCUAUUAUUGGUCAUUAUAACUACAUAUUAGUACCUACGUACAUGAAAUUUUGGAGGGGUCUUUUUUUCGUUUGGCUUAUUAUACUCUAAUAUGUAUUAACAUUGUAUAUCAACUUUUUUCACAGUAGUAUCAUGCAUAUGAUUUAGAUAAAAAAAAAGCACUGUGUCAAAUUUCAAAUUUUUUUUUUUUUCCAAACGAUAUACCUGGAUCGAUUUUAGGGAUUUGGAAAGAUACAGUUAUAGUCAAAACAUUCUUUCAAACAGUAGUUUUUGAAUUUUGAAAAUUGCAAAGGUUUUUUCGCAUAUUUUAAGGUGGUAUCUAACACUACAGGGAGAUAAAUGUGAAAAAUCUUCUGAUCGUUUUAAAAACGUUGCGUUUCAAGGGAAUAUUAAACUUUUCAAUGAUCAAAGUAAGUGUCUGUUAAACUGCUAUAUAACCAGUGUAUUAUUUCUUAAAAUCGGUUGGUUCAUUUUUUUUUAAAUUUUUAAAUUUUUGUCAUAGGGUUAAAAUAAAUACUCUGUCAAAGUUUUAUAAAAAUUAAACGAGCCACCUAUUUAAGUUAAAGUGUUUGGUACCACUUCAAAGUAAUUGUCAAAGCUUUUACUAUACCUAUGAUGACCUUUUCACUUAUAGUGCUACAUAUAUGUGUUUCAAUGGUCAGUAGUCUUGCACUAGUCUAUCCAUUUUUAAACGCAACUGACAUGAAAACAAUUUUCCUUAAUUUUUCUAAAUUUAUCAUUCGUUAAUGUAAGACUUUUUCGGGAGUUUCUACCUUUUAAUCUACUAUUUAAAGUAAGCAUUGUCCGGAAUCAAUACAUGAUGUUACAUAUUGUGAGAGACAUGCUCACCAUCUAUGCAGAACAUGAAACAAUCGUUAAGAUAAUAUACUUGUUAAAUCAAAGUCGAAAUUUUUCACACAAUUCAAAAUGUUACUCAUUUAAAAAAAAUGUUUUUUUAUGCAUAAUGUAGUUUUUAUUUCAUCUGUAUUUAUAAGAACCACCUGUUAGUGGCAUUUGAUUUUAUUGUUUUACAUUCAAAAGUAAAAAUCAAAGUAUAAUUUAAUUAAUUUGAAGAACACAAGAUGACAUGGUAAAUCGGUUCAUGAGCCUGUAUUUUUUUCAGUGGGUGUCUUUGUGUUCAGUAUAUAUAAAUAAAACAAAUAGAAUUGGUGUAUAAUUUUUUGUUGUAUUGUGUUGUUCUACCACGUUUCCAAGUAAGGGGAAUGAUUGCGUCUGGAAUAUAUGUUUUUAAAACCCGCCACAGCUGGUGAACUGAUUUUGUAUUGUUCUGUGAACAAUCGGGUUUUAG